AUCUUAAGCACUAUUUGAACCGUUCUGCAAUUUGGUCGCAGGAGUCCUGGACAUGGAUUGCCACGAUCGUUCCUUCGUGAUAGCCGUGGACCUCUCGUUCGCCGGGGAUGAUGCUCGCUUCGAGGCUGUCGAUGGGACGGGAGCGUACGCCGUCGCUGAGCCGUACGCGGCCAAGUGCGGCUAUAGCGUCACCGUCUCCCCAUUGAGUGGUCGCAUGGAGUUGCGUGCGUCCUACUUUAGCUGUCACACAGAGACGAAGGACGAUAAGGUGUUCGGAUUCAGCUUCAACCUGUUGGUGAGGGGCGACGUAGCCUACGGACUGAACAAGACCUGCUCACCAUCCCUGGAGUGGGCUCCACGAGAGGUCUCCUGUGAGCUCAACUACAUGGAGGUGUCCAUGAAGAGCGAAAUCCCCCGUAUGGCUAGGCGGUCUUGGGAUUCUUGCGCGUGUGCUCUGCAGGUAGAUGGCUGGUCUACUUUGGGUUGGCAGGUGGUGUUCCAGAGAGAUGAGGAGCAGCUGGAACCGAUGAGCAUCUCGGACGCCCGUGAGCAAGGGUACAUGUUUGCGCUGACCCACCAGAGGCUGGUGUUCCGCACACCCUAUGGACAGCCGGAUUCGUUCAUGGCCAUGGUGAAUGACAUCCCUGUGGAGGUGGUCCACGCCACUCUGUUCUCCAGACAACGCUGGUUGGUCAUCAUGGUGGACGUAGCGGCCACCUGCUCCAUGCAUCAAGGUGCUUACGAAGACAGUGGCCACCUGGUUUUCAGGACUCCGGGGGCACCUUAUCCAGGUCCUGAUGUCGCGAGAGUUCGGGUCGGAUUCACCGACGGCCUUUUUGAGAACGGCGACGUGGUGACUGAGAACGGCACGGUUCAGAUUAGCAUCCCAUUGGACGCCAAGGGCGGACUCAGGAAGAGCUUUGUGAGCGAUGACCUUUACGAGUUCUACAUGUUCCACCUCUACCUGGAGCAAAUGUUUGAGGACGAAGGGGCCGAGACCAGGCUGCGACUUCACCGGACGCUGAGCACACCCAUGUUGCUGCGGCCUCUGUUUACCCAGAACCAAAGUAUUGUGGAGGAGCGCCUCUUUCAGGUCUACCUGGGCGACGUACCCCAGGACGUCCGCUUGGUUUUGCUUCGGCUCAACGGCCGCGAGGCGCGCUACACCAACUCGUGUUCCGUCGCCGAUAUCACGCAACCCGCUCACGGCCACGGCUACUUGCUGAACGUCUCUUUUGACCACCCUGCCGUCACUCAGCAGUACUACGAAAUGUACGGAACUGUGCAAUACAGAUUGGACAUCAACUACACGCUGAGUGUUCUUCCCGAAAACGAGCCCUAUUUCUACUUUGUGAGCGUCACGGCGCUGGCUGGCCCCUGUGAGUCGAAUCUUGGGUUGACCCGUUUGGGUAGAUGUCAUCCUCACUAUUUGGACUCCAAUUCUGCUUUAGCUCCUCCGGUCCUGGAUGCGGCUUGCUCAGAGUCAGGCAUCAGCUUCAGCGCAGACCAAUGGGGCUUUGGCUUCCUGUGGUCCAUCGUGGUGGGCUCUGACACGCUGACGCCAGAGCUGGCAGCUCGGCGGGGCUACAAUAUGAGCAAUGCCAGUCAGAAACUGCAGCUGGAUGUGCCAGUCUACUCACAGGGCUUCCAUUAUAAGGACAUCACUUUGGAAAGCUUCUUGGGCACUUUUGAGAUCCAUGUGAAAGACCGUCAAACGGGGUCUGUUCAGAAAUCUGCUUCCAAGACUUGUCCUUUUGUGACCUCAGAACUUAUUGUGUGUUCCACUGACGGGAGGAUGACCGUGGCGGCAGAUUUAUCUCGGAUGACUCCCGGCGGUGCAAGCCCAUUGACAAGCAACUUACUGGACAGUUCGUGCGGCCCUGCAGAAGUUGAUGAAACCAGGGCACUUUUCUCUUUCCCGCUCAAUAGCUGUGGAUCCAAAGUCAAGCUCCGAUAUGGCAACGUGAUCUAUCGAAAUGAGAUUUUCUACAGCAAGAACGUGUCUGACUCUGAGGAUAAUGAUGAGAGGUUGGUGGUGCAGUGCAAGUAUCCUUUGGAAGGCUUGCACAAGCUUUUCUCCAUGUACAGGUUUGAGUCGGACGACCCGGGUAUAGGUAGCAUGGGCUUCUUCAAGCGGCUCGCGGAAGGAAUCAGCACUACUCCUCUUAGUGGUCUCGUCACGACAACCGUAGCGGUUCCGACUCCGCCCAUGGCUGGAAGAAGCAGCAGUGCCGCUCCAAUCCGAAAGCAUUUGGGGUCCUAUCCUGCGGUGCACUACUUCCGGGUGUCUAAACAGAGCAAACCUCACCCUAAUGCCAGAAAAGGUUGA